AUGGCAACCGUGACGAGCAAUAAGAUACUGAUAUUCGGAGCGAGCGGAUAUCUCGGUAAAUUCAUGGUCAAAGCCAGCGUUUCCAUGGGCCAUCCCACUUAUGCAUAUGUUCGCCCCAUAGGCAAUGCUGGUGGCGACCCUUCCAAGCGGCUUCUUCUCGAGCAGUUCGAGUCCGUGAAUGUCACCGUGAUUCAAGGUGGACUGGAUGAGCAUGAGAAGCUUGUCUCUGUAAUCCGGCAGGUUGAUGUCGUGAUCUGCACGCUUCCCGUUCCUCAGCACCUUGAGCAGAUGAAAAUCAUCAGAGCCAUGCAUGAGGCCGGCAACGUAAAGAGGUUCAUCCCGUCCGAGUUUGGGAACGAGGUUGACAGGGUGAGUGGGCUACCACCUUUCGAAGCUUUGCUUGAGAACAAGCGGAAGAUAAGAAGGGCGACCGAAGCUGCUGGGAUUCCAUACACUUAUGUCUCUGCAAACUCAUUCUCCGCGUAUUUCAUCGACUACUUACUUCAUCCUCAUGAAGUGCGCGAUGAAGUAACAGUCCAUGGAAGUGGCGAAGCAAAAGCUGUCUUGAACUUCGAAGAAGACGUCGCCGCAUACACCGUGAAGGUGGCAACGGAUCCGAGAGCAGCCAAUCGUGUGAUCGUCUAUCGACCUAUCGGAAACAUUGCAUCCCAGUUAGAUCUGAUCACCUGGUGGGAGGAAAAGACCGGACGUACGCUGAAGCGGGUCCACAUCCCAGAAGAGGAAAUAGUGAAGCUUACAGAAACUUUACCGUUUCCAGAAAACAUACCAGUCGCGAUCCUCCAUAAUAUAUUCAUCAAAGGGGACCAGAUGAACUUCAAGCUCACAGAGGACGAUCUUGAGGCUUCCCGAUUAUACCCCGAUCACAAGUACACUUCGGUCACCGACCUGCUCGAUCAAUGCCUGUUCAAUCCUCCGAAACCCAAACUGGCAUCCUUUGCUUAGCCCUUGGGGCUCUUUCAACAGAUACUAGUUGUUGCUACUGUUACGACUUACGAUAAGUUUGGCUGGAGAUCGAGUAGCUAGUCUCCUCAUUAAUGGUCUAUAUGUACUUUCUUGAGUGUUAUCAUGAUACCACCUGAUACGAGCGGCAUGCGGACAGGCUUGCAAGGGCUCUGCCAACCUCGUAAGGGAUCGGCUCCCUUCUAUUAAGACAUAUCGUUAUAACCAUGUGCUCUGAUACCAGUUGGAUAAAUUUUUAAAUAAAAAUGAGCUUAAUUCGGACUCAAGCUCAUAUGCAACCCAAAAGCUUAAGCCAAUGGGUUACUGGGCCUUUGUCUUUUAUAAACUUUUCCCAUAUUUUCUUUUCAACCGAUGUGGGACAUUGUGUCCUCUCACAUCACCAAUUUUUCUCCGACAUUAGGCUGUCCAUACUCCGCCUAUAUUGUAAUAUGUAAGUUUCUUGGACUUAC